AUGCCGGGCGCUGAGGCCGACGGCGCCGGCGGCCCCGGCGCCUCCUCCUCCUCCACUGCAGAUAGUUUUGACGCCGGGCAGUACGCCUUCUUCGGGAAGGAGCCGCGCGACGGGCUCGAGCUAGGUUGCUUGGAGGCUGAUGGUGGCCAUGGCAAUGGCGGUGGAUUCAGCGGGCCAGAGGAUGGUGGCUUGUACCGGCUCUCUUCGGUUGGAGAAGAGAUUGACAAUCUAAGUAACUUGUCGGACGUCGAUGAUCUUGCGAGUACUUUUGCUAAGUUGAACCGAACCGUUAGUGGAACACGGAAUCCUGGUGUUAUCGGUGACAGACGAUCCAUUUCAAGAGGAAGUUCUUUAACUGUUGAUUGGACUGAGGAUGUAGAGUUUCCCAAUUAUCAAGAUAUAUUAGAAAAUGAGGAAUUCCAGGAAGGUAAAAGAUGGUGGUCAUCACAGUCACAUUCUUUGGUGCAGCAAGGGGACAGCAAACCGCUAAGUCGAACAUCUUCCUAUCCUCAGCAGCCACUGCAGCACCGUUCCAGUGAACCUAUCACAGGACCAAAGUCUCCUCCGUUUACCUCGUUUCCACCACCAGGUGGUAGAUCACCACAUCCUGCUCAAGGUCUUACACGUCAUGGGAGCAUUCCAUCAUUUGGAGCUGGGAUACAGAUGGGUUCUCCGAGCAUGCCACUGCCAGGUUCCCCGUAUCAUAUGGUUGGGUUACCUCAUGGACUACCAUAUGGGGGAAGCAUGCCCUUUGGUGGUCCUAAUAUGCAUGUAGGCAAUCCAAUGCAAAAUGACUGGUCAAACCAAGCCAACCUGUUCACUGGGGAGCACCUUAAUCUACUGCCAAACUUAUUACAGAAACAAAUAUCGCUUCCGAAUAGCCCAAUGUCAUCACUGCUAUUCUCUCAGCAACAGCAGAGAUUGGCACAGCUCCAACCAUCCCACCAUCAGAAUUACCUAAAUUUACCACCCCACCUAUUCUACCAUCAUCACCCCCCAGAGAUACCAGGCAGGUUUGAAUCUGCUACCAGUCUUCCUUCAUCAAGAGACAAGAGAUCAAGAUCAGGAAGGGGAAAACACAGUUUACGUUUUUCUCAACCACCAUCUGAUACUACUGGUAGUCAGAACGGUGAGAGUGGUGGACUGAAGUUUAGAUCCAAGUACAUGUCAUCUGAAGAGAUCGAGUCUAUUCUAAGAAUGCAGCACUCGGCAAGUCACAGCAGUGAUCCUUAUGUUGUUGAUUAUUAUCAUCAAGCUUGCAUGGCGAAAAAGGGUUCCAGUUCUAAGCAAAAGACCAAUUUCUCCCCAACAUCAGUUAAAGACUUGCCCUCCAAGUCUAGAUCAAGUGGUGACCAGCAUGCAUAUCUUCAGGUCGAUGCUCUUGGGAGAGUUUCUUUCUCUUCCAUUCGCAGGCCCCGGUCUCUUCUUGAAGUUGACAAUCCUUUGUCAGGUGAGGGUCCUCAUGAUCAGAAGUCUUCCGUGAGGUCCCUGGAGAAAGAACCUAUGCUAGCAGCCAGGGUCACUGUUGAAGAUGCCAUUGGUCUUCUUCUUGAGGUGGAUGAUAUUGACAGGCUCCUGCAGUCUAGCCAGGCACAGGAGAAUAGCUUUCAGCUGAGGCGAAGGCGACAAGUUCUCCUUGAAGGUCUAGCCGCAUCACUUCAGCUUGCUGACCCUCUUGGGCCCAGCAAAUCUGCCAAUUCAUCUGGUUUAGCCCCUAAGGAUGAUAUUGUCUUUCUUCGCAUUGUUUCUCUUCCCAAAGGACGUAAGCUUCUGGCUCGUUAUAUCCGGCUUAUUGUCCCUGGAAGCGAGUUGACCAGGAUUGUGUGCAUGGCUAUUUUCCGACACCUGAGGUUCUUGUUUGGGGGUUUACCAUCAGAUUCAAGUGCAGCAGAGACAACAGUUGCUCUGGCAAAGACUGUUUCGACUUGUGCUCACCAUAUGGAGCUUGGUGCUCUUAGUGCUUGCCUUGCUGCAGUCGUCUGUUCAUCUGAACAACCACCUCUCCGUCCUCUUGGUAGCUCUGCUGGUGACGGGGCUUCUCUUAUUAUCAAGUCAGUACUGGACCGAGCAACUGAGUUGCUGACUGAUCAGCGUGCCGUAUCCAGCUAUACCCCGUCAAACCGAGCUCUCUGGCAGGCAUCGUUUGAUGCUUUCUUUGGGCUUCUGACAAAAUACUGCCUCAGUAAGUAUGAAAGUAUUCUGCAGAUGUUUGUGAUGCAGGCAUCAGGCUCUGUGAUUGGAUCUGAAGCCUCUCAAGCACCCAGCAGGGAGAUGCCAGUAGAGUUGCUACGUGCAAGCCUCCCUCACACAAACGAGCAGCAACGGCAGAUGCUGCUUGAUUUCGCUCAGAGAACCACGCCUGCCAGCAGUUUUAAUCCCCCUGGUGCUAGCGGUGGACACAUCUCUUCUGAAUCGGUUCCUGGUUAA